AUGUGGGUCACGAGUCUAAGGAGCAUCAUAAACACGCAGUCCCGCAAGCACCCGCUUACACUCCCAAACUUGAACCAAAUCUUGUACACAAGCCGGCUACGCGACGUGGUGGGCGACAGCCAGUGGGCGCCGCCCUCCCUGCCGCCCGGCCUCACCCGCGUGGAGCUGCGCAACUUCCUGGUGCCGGAGCUGGGCGCCGCGCAGCUCCAGCAGCUGCCCGACCUGCGGGAGCUGCAGCUGAACCAGUGCAACCUGUCGCGGCUGCUGGACGACGCCUUCAGCCGCCUGCCGCAGCUGGAGCGCCUCGACCUGUCCGAGAACCAGCUGGUGCGCCUCGGGCCCGACGUGUUCACCGGCCUGUCGGCGCUGCACACCUGGACCUGUCGGGCGAACCGCCUGGCCAACCUGACGCGGCCGUUCGCGCACCUGUCGUGGCUGCAGCACCUCAACCUCAAGGACAACAACCUGACGGCGCUGACGCACGACACGUUCCAGGGGCUGGACCGCGUGCAGUACGUCAACCUGGACGGCAACCUGAUCGCGUCCGUGGACGUGGCGGCCUUCCAGCACCUGACGGGGCUGGCGCACCUCAUCCUGUCCAACAACCCGCUGUCGUCACUGGCCACGCUCGACUUCUUCGGCUCGCGCCUCCAGUACAUCGACGUGUCCAACAUCGGCAUCGCGCGCGUGCCGCAGGCGCUGACGCAGUUCGUGCGCGACCUGCGCCUUGCCAAGAACGCCAUCCGCGAGAUCCACCGCGGCGACCUCGACUCCUACCCGUACCUGGGCCUGCUCGUGCUCGACGACAACGGCCUGCAGCUGCUGGAGGAGGACGCCCUGGGCCGCCACGAGUACCUGGCGCGCCUGUGGCUCAACGGCAACAGCCUGCAGGCCGUGCCGCUGUCGCUGCCGCCGGCGCUGCGCGCGCUCUACAUCGAGGAGAACAUGAUCGAGAGCCUGCGCGAGGGCGACUUCCGCGGCCUGGCCAGCCUCGAGCAGCUGUUCCUGCGGCGCAACCACAUCGCCAGCGUCGCCGACUGCGCCCUCUGCGACCUGGUCAGCCUCAAGACCCUCGACCUGCAGGCCAACCGCCUGACGACCCUCGCCGGCAGGGUGUUCUCGCGCCUGGCCAGCCUCGAGACGCUCGACCUGUCGCAGAACCCGCUGCUCGCCCUCGACGCCGCCGUGUUCGCCGGCCUGACGUCCGUGCGCGUCCUGCAGAUGUCGCGCGUCCACUCGGACAACGUGACGGUCCCCGAGACGGCCUUCGACCCCCUCAAGGGCCUCCAGAUCCUCGAGAUGUACGGCUCGCCGCACCUCGUCGCCCUCAUCCUCAACUCCACCAGGAUGCUGCACUCACUCAGGGGCGUCCGCGAGCUCAACCUCAUGCACAACGACCUCAAGGCGCUCAGGAACGACUUCCCCGCCUUCUUCCCCAAGCUGCAGGUUGCAAAGUUCAGCGGCAACACCUGGGAUUGCACGAACCCGAGCAAGAUUCUGUGGAUGAAGAGGUGGAUGGUGGCCAGGUCACCCGUCACCUUUUACCGGUCGUAUAGCAUCAGGUGCUCCUCGCCGGCUCACCUGGGCUACAAACCCGUCAUUCUUCUGGAGAAUUCCGAUUUCCUCAACGCCAGCACGUCAGUCGGUCCCGCCUCCACAACUACUACAACCACCGCAACAACUCCCGCCACAACUACAACCGCAACCAGCAGGACUUCAACGACUACAACAGCGGCUGUCCUCGUCCUACACGCCGGGGGGGCGGUCGCGGGCGCUCAUGACGUCACGGGCGAGGGCGUGGUCGCGGGGACGUCGGCCUCGACGCCGCUGCCGGACCUCGCCGUCCUCACGCGCAGGGACAGCAACUCGCCCAUCAUCGGCGUCGCGCCCUUCAUGGCGCGGCCCAAGCCCGCCGCCAAGAGGCCUCCGCCCACGACUGGCGCCCCGGAGACGACGACCGGCGCCCCUGAGACGACGACCGGCGCCCCUGAGACGACGACCGGAGCCCCGACGACUACUGGCGCCCCGGUGACUUCCACCAGGGCUCCUGAGACCACUGCCGGAGUUCCUGAGACCACGACGGCGGCCCCGGAAACCUCCUCGAAGGCCCUCCCUGGCGCCACCGAGGGCGCCGCCCCCUCCGUGGCCCGCAGCACGACCGAGGCGCCCCUCGCGGCCGCCGCCAGCGUGCGGGCGGCGAGGCGCCGCCGGCGAGCACGCCCGCCGCCCCCUCUGCCGCGCCGGCGGGAGGCCCCGGCCCCUCGCCCAGCCCGAGGGCGCGCCGCGCGCGGACCCCGCCCCCGGCCGCCGCGAAGGCCUCGUCGCCGCCCUACUGGGUCAUCCACAACCGCCGCCGCCGCAGGAGCCGGUGCGGCCGGCGCCACGCCCGCGGCGGAGGGCGGCACGCCGCGCAAGAAGUGGCGGAGGCCGCUCAAGGACGCCCGCCCCGGGACGCCGGACGCCAAGACGCGGGCGGCCGACGCGGCGGCGGCGGCAGCGGGGCGCCCCCGCGCCACCGCGCCGCCCACAAGAAGGAGCUGUGGAUCUUCCGCGGCGACGGCUCGCGCGGGGCGGGCCGCCGCUGCCCGUGGGCGUGAGCGACGCCGCGUCAGCGACGGCGCGGUGGUGGGCGCGGGCGUGGUGGCGUCGUGCGUGGGCCUGGCGCUGCUGGUGGGCGGCCUCCUGCUGGCGCGCGGGCGCGGCAAGGCGGCCAGCCCGCUGUGGGCGGCGUCGUCGUCGUACUGGCGCCAGGGCGGCGACGACGACGUGGUGAUGGCGGUGGGCAUGGGCGCCGCGGGCGGCGGCCUCGUCACCGAGUCGGAGGGCACGGUGGGCGUGGUCACCGAGACGCACCGCGGCCUCAACAACCGCCUGUACCUCCUCCUGCAGCGGGACUCCUCCACGGGCAUCACGCCCGAAUCGCUGCCCGACCCCCGCGCCUCACGCCGCGCCCCCGCGACCCCCGCGCCCCGCCCACCGCUCCCGCACUGA